AUGGGCGAUCAUAAUACCGCUCCUGUCCCCGGCCCGCCGCUCCCCGCUGGAUGGGCUGCGCAGUGGGAUACCAACUACCAGCGAUGGUUCUACAUUAACACGCACACUGGAGUCUCUCAAUGGGAAUUCCCUGGAGGCGCUCCCGCUACAGGAGCGCAAUCUCAUCCGCCACACCCGCCCGGCGCAGAGGGCGACAAGGCAGCGCGUGGUGAGGCUGAAAAGUACCAAGGUGAGAAGUCCGAUAAGGACAAGGACGAGAAGAAGGACAAGGACAAGGAUGAGAAGAAAGAUAAAGAUAAGGAUGAGAAGAAGGAUAAGGAAGAAAAGUCCGACAAGGAUAAGGACGACAAGAAAAAGAAGGACAGGGAUGGUGGUUCCGACGAUGAGGAUGGAGGUGAGAAGAAGGAGAAGAGCGGCGGCUUUCUCUCGCUGCUAAAGAAGGGCAAGAAGUUGCUGGACAAGAAGAAGGAAAAGGACAAGGCCAAGAGCGGCGGCCACGGUGGCGGUGGUCAUGGUGGUGCCCACGCUGCUGGUGUUCACGGCGACGAGGCACAUCAUUCUGGCGACAGCGAUCGCGAGGAGGAGGGUUCUGAGAAGUCGGGGAGCGACGACUCUUCCUCCUCGUCAUCAGAGGAUGAGGAUGAGGACGAGGACGAGGAGGAAGAGGAGGAAGAAGAGGAGGAGCAGGACUAUGAUGAGGAUGAUUAA